UUGUGAGGAGUCUAAAUCUUCGAAAUGUAAGUAUCAGUGAUCAUAGAAUGCUAAUAAUAAACCAAUUAAAGCAUGGUUGUUUUAUUAACAUUGUACAAAAAAUAUUUUAUGCAUAGAUCAAAUGGAUUUGUCUGGAUUCUGGUACACAUGUUGAUGUAUUUUCGCAGUGCCCAGAAAUUCCUGGUGCAACGUGGGUAUGAUUACUGAUACUACGCAAGAUUGUCGGGAUGAGUUAGAUUCUGCCGCUGUACGUGUUGCUAACAUUUUAUCGACAGAACCAGAAAAUGUCAUAAAAGGAGUAGGAGGUGUCGGCCAAGGUGCACAAGUAGCUCUGAACUUUGCAAAGUGGAACGCCGUUGGAGAUCAUACGAUGAAUAUGCGACUUGUAAUAGGGAUAAACUCUUGGAGAAUACCUACCAACAGGAUAGAUUAUGCAUUUGGGGCUGCAAUUCGUGCUUCAUGGCAGUCAAUCCUACUUAUACGUGGAAAUCUCGAACCUAGUAUUCCUUUAUACUUUGCAAAAGAAACUGCUGUAUCCCUUAUAGAUGAUUGAUUUGGAGAAGUUUCGUUUGUACAAUUCCGAAUGUAUAAACAUACAUUAAUGAUUUUACUUUGCUUUGUUCUACCAUUUUUGUUUGAACAUUUUGUCUAAUUAGGUUAUGUCAUUGUGCAGGCUUGGUCCUGAAAUCACUGUGAGCGUACUGAAAAAGGUCGAAGUAUGGUUGAACGGGAAGCUUCCACUCGAUCCCAACUAAUAUCAUCCAUGAACUGUUAUCUAUUUUUUUUUCCAGUAUUUUCGUUGCGCUAUUUAGUGAACUAUUGUCGUUGAUAUUUCCAACAUUACUAAUAAAACUGCAACGAAACAGACUCUACAGCUUAUGAUAUUUCUUCCAUGAGAUUGUGUUCCUAUUAAUAAAACUGCAUGAGAUUGUCACUUUUGGUACAAUGGACUUUUUUUGUAGUUGAGAUUCUAUUUUAUAUUGCAAGAAAUAUCAAUUUUUCUAUAACUUGAUUCAUUCCUGAAUUUCUUAAAAAUCUUUGUUCAUUUUUAAUAAAUAAAUAUGUUUUGAAUACAAUAAACUAUUUAAAAAGUAGUUUCGAGUACUUUUUAAUUUAUCUACGAUUAUAUUUUUUUUGUAACUUGAUAAGUCUGAAUUUUCAAUUCCUAACAACACAUUUAAGAGUAACCAAAAAUCAAAAAAAAUUCCAUAACUCAUCUUGACAAAAAAAAAAGAAAUUUAUGUGAGAAUUGGCUUUAGAUGAAAGUACAAUGAAGUUGUGUUG